AUGGCCGCGAAUCUCGUGAGGACACCCCUUCUUCCAUUUGGACUUGAGCUUGUCUCCCGCCAAAUCACCCCUUCUAGUAGGCAGGCAACUCGGAUUCUACACUGGUCCGCAUCAUAUCUUUCGAUACCAUUCUCUCUUGAUCUUCCUCAAGAUGAUCCAUCACUUAGAGCUUUACAUGAGCCCUACCCCUCGGUACCCCCCAAUGAUAAUGUAUUUGAAGUUGAAGGGGUUGAAUAUGCCUCGGGGUCAAUAUCGAGAUCCGUCGUAGCGCGGAAUAAUAUAUUAGAAACGAGGUCAAUUUCUGCAGGAAGGUCUCAUACGCAACAUUCUAAUGCCCAACUGCUUAAAUGUAUACACCAAAAGGAUUAUUCGGGAGCAAUCGCCCUCCGGCGAGACCUGGAAGCACUUCACACCACCAUCUCUCCUCGAUAUACGUAUGCACAAGUCGCCCAAUAUCUACUCGAUCAUCCUAACAAAUCAGAUCCCUAUGCAUUUCUUCAAUGGUGUGAACUCUUGCCAUCUUUACUUCAACCAUGGUCGAAACCAAUCUCAAUACCUCCAGCAAUAGACCAAAUUCUUUCGCGUCUUCUACAACGUCCAGAAUCAAUAGAAUCUCUUUGUCGUUUUGCCAUCUUGGCUGCUCGCAAAGGCAUGGCUAGAUUGGUUGCACCUCAAAUAAUCAGUCAAGUUACUCGUUAUUCCACUCCAGAAGUAGCUUCGAGAUUGCUAGCAGAGCUCAUCAAUGCCGCUUCCGUCAACGCUUCCCAUUCCAGCUUAUCAACAAUUCCACCUAAGGUUUUGCGAAGCUGGAACAACAUAUUCAUACGCACACUCUGUCUCUCCGGGCGAGUCGAAGCGGCAUAUCAAGGCUUGCUUGCCCUGCACAACAAUCAGCGUGCACUCAGCCCCCAUACCUACCGUAUCGUGUCGGAAGAACUUGAAAAAAUUGAACAUCGAAAAGAAGGAGGUCAUGUCAGAGCCUUAGCUGAACAAGCGGGGUUCCCGCACCCGCGUUUUACUGCCCGGACUCGAACUGAAGGAACGUCUCGGACGCCUCGUGACUUCGUUUCAAAGGAUCUACGUAGGAUCAAGAUUCGACUGUCAACUGGAAGUCGAAUACCUACUGCCGAGUUAAUAAACUUCAUGAAAUCCUAUCGCUCAACCGGUAAUUAUCGAGCUAUUCCACUACUGCGUAAACGACUUUUUCGAGGCUUCCCGAGUGAUCAUCAAAAAUCGACUUUGAGCGCUUGGGGCACUGCAGAGAUGCAACUUUACCGCUCUGAAGGGAAGCAUAUAGAUACAUUGUCUAUAUUUCGGGACAUAUUUCUACCACAGGGGAUAACCCCUCAAAUAUUGCACGAACUAGGACUCCCCUCGCCUCCAAAUACUAGGCGCCAUCCGUUGCUCUGGCCACCAAGCGAGGCCAUAUCAAUAGCAUCUUGGUCGGCUGCCGCAUUAGCCACCUCCCACAAUGACAAGGAGGCUCUAGGGCGCUGUUAUUUAUACUUCCUUGAAUCAUGGUACCCGAAGCCAACUAGUUUUUUCGAAAUCCCCCCAGUUAUGCGUCCGGAUGCAGCUGCCUUUCAGCCUUGGAUAGGUGCAUUCGCUCGGAGAGCUGGGCCUGAGGCAAUUGCCAAAAUAAUGCGGGAUAUGAAAGCGCUUGGAGUACCGCCGACUAUCAUGACAUGGAAUGCCUUGGCCAAAGCCUAUGUCUCUGUAAAAGAAUGGGAAAUUGCUAAGUCGAUCCUAGGGAAGAUGGAAAAUUCACGAAAAGAAGACUCAACUCCGUUAUCAUCUAGUACGAACGCUCGCCUUCGUAGCCGCCUUGGGCCCAUAUUGGAGUGGGGGUUUCCUGCUGCUGAAUUGUCAACAUACUAUAUUUUACUGCGAGAAUUGCUUGCUACCAAACAGUUUCCAGCGGCCAAGGAACUUGUUGAGAUAUUCCUUCAGAAUGGUCACGAAUUUGACACAAAAUUAAGUUUGCUUGUUCAGAAACUUGAAAAAAGGGGGAUGGCAUUCGUGUAG